AAGCCGUGUAGGUGCUGGUGGAAGACCAAACAAACAAUGAUGAAUAUGCCUGCUGUAGUCAGUCCGUGUGCAUCCCUGUUACACUCACAGCCCAGAGCAUUUUGAACGAGGUACAUCAAAUGAACGAGGUACCAACAUCUGAUCACAGGAGCAUUCAAGGUGUAAGCUCACAUAUGUAGGUAUGGAUGUCUGCUUGGGACCCCCUGCUGCACGUACCCCCUAUUGCACUCUUUUUGUCUAACCAUAAAAAUAUUUCUCUUGAUCAACAACAGUGAGGAUAUUCUAAAGAAAGGCAAUGCUCCUCAAUAUUUAUAUGCGUUCUACAUAUCUUCUGUUUUUUUUUUUUUCAGGUGUAUUAAUGCAGCUGUGAGGGGCUUGAGAAGAAGAGAUUUAAAAGUCCAACUAAACACACAAAACAGAGAAACAACACAUAAAACAUCAACAGUGAUAUUGAUAAACUGUGCCAUUCAAUUAUGCCUUGAGAAUGGCAUCUUGGGUAUGGAAGCUCUGCUAUUCACUCAACAACAACAACAACAAAAAGCAAACAGCAUCUGUAAUUCCAAAGUGCCUUGGUCUCCUUGACUUUAACCAGAAGAAACACUACAUAAAUGAACCAGCAGAGGGAGCUAGUUACUAAAUUAUUUGUAGGCGUGUAUAGGAACAUCUACCACAGGCAGGCAGGAAGGAAAUUAUAUUUUCAUCUCUAUAUCAUUGUCAACAAUUAGUCUAUACUGCUAAAGAUAAUUGAGCACUACUGCAUUGAGAUUCACACUAAAGACACCAAACGCUACAGUACUGCAGCUCUCUGAAUCAACAUGGCACACUACGCCUUACUUGCUAUGGUGCUUUUAUUGUGGCAUUCAUUUAUAAGAGAAAAUGAAACCAUAUUACUAUUACUGGUGUGGACUUCCCCCCAAAUCAAACAACAAAUUGACUUUCUCUUUUAGUUAAGAAAUAAAAAGAGAAAGGGUUUAGUGAAAGAUCUUCUUUCAAAGGAAACUUCUGACUAAAAGCCUUCCACUCCUCCCUCUCCCAUCGCCAUGGCUUCCGCUUGGCCCGGAAACAGACAGACUAUUAGUGUCCCAUCCAAGAAGAUACAGUGCCCCCGUUGUCUCCAGUCUGACGGCCGUGUUGUGGAGGGCCAUCGCUCCGUGUGCCGCCUGUGCUCCAAGUCCCUGCGCCGGGUCUACCAGUUCUGCUGGGCCUGCCGGCGCGAGUGGCCCAGAACGGGCUCCCUGUCCCAGGGCCACAGCUGCUCCCUCCCGCAGUGUGCCCUGCGCGCUGCCCUGCUCUCUGCGGAGAAAAUCAUGGACCCCAACAGUGCCGCGUUCGGCUGCCCCUUCUUCAGGGCCUGCCCGGGCUGCAAAGCCCUGCUCACCCAUGACGGGGUGGGAUGCAGUAACAUCACCUGCCCCCACUGUGACAAGGGGUUCUGCUUCCGCUGCCUCCGCGAUGAGUGCUAUCCUGAGGAGGAGUAUGAAUAUAACUUUAGUGGACUUAGUGGUGAUGAUGAUGAUGAUGAUGAUGAUGAUGAAGAUGGUGAUGGCCCCUGUGUCUUAGUGGAUAACAGUGCAGCAGUCCUGAGCCUGUAGCUGUUAGGCUUAUGCUGAGGUAGAGUUAUAGAAUGUGCCUCUUGUGAAAUCGUUUUGCUUCCCAAGUGAUCUAACAAUUUUGAACAUGUCUACAUGUCACAAAAAAAGGACUGUGUGAAUAUCAUUAUUUGUAGAAGGACUAUAACCUGGUGAUCACAUCACAUAUCCUGUCUUCUUCCAUCUUACCUGAUUUGUAUAUUUUAUUAUCCUCCCUUUUAAUUAAGACUUACUGAGAUCCAAAAUGAAAUAAAAAAAACGCCUGA